GAUACAUGCACACACAGUUUGUCUCACAGUAGGACCUGCAACAUGAGCUGUGACCAGAGCUAUCCAUUCCCACAGGUGUUCCUCGUGGAUGGAGGUGGAAGUCGUCAGAACUCUGACCAGCCUCCAAGUCUUGUGCCCUGCUGGUCAUUCCCGCCAGCCCAGGAGAGGGCAAGGGGCCGUGAGAAGAGUCGGGGCUUCAUGGGAGUCAGCCCCAGCCUGGCCUUGGUCGUGCUGAUGCUGUUCCUGCUUGUGUUUGCAGCCCUGGGGUUUGAAGCCUACCAGAUCCACACUAUGCAGAUAGAACUGAAACAGAUGAGACAGGAUAAGCCUGAGACAGAGUUUAAUACAGCACAGAAGCAAAUUGGUUUCCCUGAACCUGAGGUGAAUGGACAAGACACAGACAACAGACCUGCAGCGCAUAUGAUGGGGCGGAUUGAAAAAGAGGAAUUCCGGAAGACUUUGCGAUGGGAGCCGAGGGUAGGUCGGGCGUUCGUAUCUGGAGGAGUGACUUACCAGAUCGAAGAUGGUGGUCUGCAGGUCAACGAGAGCGGGCUCUACCACAUUUACUCACGAGUGGAGCUGAUCUUUAGGAGCUGUUCCCCCACAUCCUCGUUCGUUCACUCUGUGUUUGUGAGGAGAGUGAGACAUUUGUCACCUCUGACCCUGAUGGAGGCCCACAGAGCAGGUUUCUGCUCCAAGCACCUGGAAAACUCUUGGACCACAGAGAGUUACCUCAGCUCUGCCCUAAAGCUGCAGAAAUACGACAAAGUUUUUGUGAAUUUAUCGCACCCCUCUCUUCUUAGUCAUGCACAUUAUGGCAACUUCUUUGGCCUCUACAAGGUCUGAAGAUUUUGGGGAGAUGGGCUUUUUUUUUUUUAGAGAUUUACUCAAAUGAAAGAAUGUAAACUGCUCACAAUGUCUCAGACAGGAGUGAGUCUUACUCAUCACUUUACCCAAAUGAUUCCUAUGUUGAAUGUUAUUCCGCUGACAUAUAAUAACUGCACGGAAUAUGAUGUUAAAACCAAGGUCAGAUAUUGCACGUUGUUUUUAUUGCCAGCUUUUUAAUUUGUGGUUAAUUGAAGCGAUUUCCACACCUAUUUAUAAACAAAUAUUGUGCCUUAUGUAAAUGUUGAGAUAGUCAGUUAACACUAAGAUGCUGAUUUAGUUGUAGCAUUUUUCAAAAAUAUUUAUUUUGGUGUGUAUCUGACAUUUAUGAUGUCUAAAUGUGUGGUUAUGAAACAUAAAAAUUAUUUUAUGAUCAUUGCUUUGAAGUAAAUAAAGAGAUACUUAAUUUCCAUUUGGUGAAACAAGGAAGUGUUAAGUUAAUAAACAAAGUCUUUCUGGUUGAAAUCCAGUGGGUGUCAUGUUUGAGUAGGUGAUAUUCAUGUAAGGAACACCCACAUGGGUUUUGUUCAUGAAAACUGGAAAGUAUUUAGAUAAAUACAUCAUGAACUUGAUUUCCAUAUAUUCCACUGAGGUACAGCAGCAGCCUACUAUGGAGUGGUGUUUUUUUUUUUAUUUUCUAACCUGCCAGCUAUAAUCUCUACAGCAGCUAAAAUGUGGAAAAUAGUUACAUUUCCUGGUUAAAUGACAGUUUAAAAUUUAGCGUACAGAUCACAGUGCAGUGCAUUUUCAAGGCUGCACAGCUUUUUUUUUUUGCAGUUUAACACCCUUGUUGCGCUGCAUCUUUUCUGUUCACCACAAACACACAGGCUGGGCACAGAUGGGGGGAUAAAACAGUUACAGAUUUGACGUAUGUUUCCUUCCUGUGUGAUUCUCAUGAGGGUCUUGCAUGUAUGCAGGCUGUUCAUUUGUGAAAGACUUUCUGCUUCCUUUAAUCCAGCGUGAAAACAUCUGAACUCAUUUAUAGUAAUUUUUGUCUCAAAGCUUCUCACAGUGAGAGGUAAAUAAUCCUUUAAACGUGAACAAACCUUUGUAUUUCAGUCAUUUCUGGCUAAACCACAAAUUACUCAGAGACUCUCAGUGGUUAGUGAUCAAUGGAAACAAUAAUGGACUCCUGUUUUAAACAGUUUUGAUUUGUCAAAAUGUACAUGACACGUUUUUAUGUACUGUUUU